AGCUCAAACUUUCCACAGAACCAAAAUAACAAAACAGCAGAGCUCCAGAGAAGGAGCUAAACCCUAGAAUCAAUUUCAAUGGCGUAUCUAAGCAUUGGAGAAUCACACAGAAGAAUAAGCGACUACUUAAACAGAUUCUCAGAUUCAAUCUCAUACGAAGAUGGUCCUUCAUUAAAACAACUCUUAUCAGUUUCUUCAAACUCAUCUUCUCUCCUUUCUCUCGGUGAUGCCCUCAAUGUUUUUCAGGAUGCGAAUAGAUUGAUUAAACAAUCGGAUAGAUUUACUCAGCAAGUUGGAGAAAUUAUUGCUCCGUUAUUACGGUGUAUACAGAAUUAUCGAUCUGGGAAUUUUGUUGAUGCGUAUAGCUCACUUGAGAAAUCUGCUAAUGCUUUUCUUCAGGAAUUUAGGAGUUGGGAAUCUGCUUGGGCUAUGGAAGCAUUGUAUGCGGUUGCUUAUGAAAUUAGAGUGCUAGCUGAAAGGGCUGAUAGAGAGUUAGCUUCACUUGGAAAAAACCCGGAAAAAUUGAAGGCAGCUGGUUCAUUCUUGAUGAAAGUGUUUGGAGCUCUUGCGGGGAAAGGUCCUAAACGUAUUGGAGCUUUAUACGUGACUUGCCAGUUGUUCAAAGUUUAUUUCAAGCUUGGGACUGUGCAUCUUUGUCGAAGUGUGAUCAGAAGCAUUGAAACUGGCCGCAAUUUUGACUUUGAGGAAUUUCCUGUCAGAGACAAGGUCACUUACAUGUAUUAUACAGGUCGCUUGGAAGUAUACAAUGAGAACUUUCUUGCUGCUGAUCAAAAACUCACUUACGCAUUAAGUCGCUGCAACCCCAGAAGUCAAACGAACAUAAGAAUGAUCCUGAAAUACCUUAUACCUGUCAAAUUUUCAAUAGGAAUUUUGCCCAAAAGGUCGCUCCUGGAAAAGUAUAACCUUGUUGAGUACUUUAACGUUGUUCAAGCAUUAAAAAAAGGCGACCUUCGACUUCUUCGAUGUGCACUCGAAGAUCAUGAAGACAGAUUCUUAAGAUCUGGGGUGUAUCUUGUCUUGGAGAAGCUCGAGUUGCAAGUUUAUCAGCGAUUGAUGAAAAAAAUCUACAUUAUUCAAAAGGAACGGGACCCAAGCAGAGCCCACCAGGUGAAGUUGGAUGUGGUUGUAAAGGCCUUGAAAUGUCUAGAAAUCGAAAUGGAUGUCGAUGAGGUUGAAUGUAUAAUGGCGAUAUUAAUAUACAAAAAUCUCAUGAAAGGUUACUUUGCACACAAGAGCAAAAUUGUUGUCCUCAGCAAGCAAGAUCCUUUCCCAAGAUUGAACGGAAAACCGGUCAGUGCUUAAGUAGUACAAUGGCUAACUAAUUUCUACUGUCAGUAAUGUCUGUAAAAGGGUUAAGUAGCAAUAGCAAUAACAAUCCUAGUAUCUCCUUAUAUCCACAUUUCACUUCAAAUCAUGAAAUGCAAAACAAGCAUACUUUAUGACUCUUUAGUUUAUCUUCUAAUGAUUUGCAUGAAGUGAUUUUGUUCAUACAUCUACGGUUACUAGUUGCAAAAUUCUAAUAAUGGUACAUAAGUAAAGCACUGUCCAUCUUG